AAUUAUUCAUGAUCAUUCUCUACUUGUUUACGAAAUUUCUACUGCUCUCUUCUGAACAAUGUUUUAGUAUUGAUUUCCCACUGUUUACUAUUUUAUAUUUACACUAAAUUUCACUUUUUCCCCUAAAAAGUCCCAACUUUUUAAAAGUAAAAACUUUACAAAGUGUUUAAGAAUCACCAUUGUGCUUCUCAAAAGAAACGUUUUUUAAAUAAAAAAAAAAAGUGAUGCUCUAGACUAAUUAAAUAGCUUUAGUGUUUUCUCUAUAAAAGUAAGUGAUAAUUUUUUUUUCUAAAGAAAAUGUCAACGCCAGAAGCAAUUCAGGUAAGUUCUUUGCCAAUGCCACCGAGUCAGUAUGUUAGUUUAUAUACUGACGAGAAUGUUCGACGAGGAAGAACACCUCGUCCUCCGCCACCAAUUCACGACACUUACAUGAUGUUUGGAAAUAACUUUAAUAUGGAUGAUACCAUAAUCAGACCACUUGAGACUCAGGGAAUUAAAAGGCUCUACCCUCAACAUUUCGACAGGCGACGGGAAUUGAGGAAACUCAAUCAUUCUCUGCUUGUCAACUUUUUGGAUUUAAUUGAUCUUUUAGUGCAAUGUCCGGAUAGUCCUCGAAGAGCAGAAAAGGUUGAAGACUUAAGUUUACUAUUUAUACACAUUCAUCACUUAUUAAAUGAAUUUCGACCACAUCAGGCGCGUGAAACCUUAAGAGUUAUGAUGGAAGUACAAAAAAGACAGAGAAUCGAAACAAAAGAGCGCUUCGAGAAACAUCUUGAUAAAGUUCAGGAAAUAUUGAGCCACGCUUUACAAAUAUUGCCCGAUAUGUCUGAGUUAGAUUCGAAACUCGGAAUAAAUACCGACAUUAUGGAAUCUAUGGAUACAACAGGAUCCGAUCAGAAUGGAUUUGACGCAUGCAAUGUUAAAGAUCGCAUUAUGUGUAACGUAAUUGAUGAACUGCUUCUAUCUAAUAAUUUAUAUUAAGUUUUGUAAUCGUUAAAAAAUUAUUAAUUAUAUACAAUAUAUUAUAUACAUA